UCAUACAUCUUCUCUUCUUCUUUUCUUUGUUGAGAAAAGAUUAAGAUAAGGGUACGUACGUGCAAACCCUAAAACACGUACUUCACAUAUAUUUCAAGGCAUGAAUGUCGUGAAGGGAAGGUGGACGAAGAAUCUGAUCAUCAAGGCGCGGAAGCGAUGCAGUACUUUACCUAAACAAAGCAGCACGAAAGGCUCUACAGCAGCCGCUUCAUUGACAAGAAGCAAAUCAUGGAGCUCGAGUACUACUAGUAGUACUGGCACUUGCAAGCAGAAGAAGAACAAGGCCAAGGCAUGCCAAGUCGCUCCGGCUGGGUGUUUCACAGUCUACGUUGGACCCGAAAAGCAGCGAUUUGUGGUGAGGAUGGAGUUUCUUAAUCAUCCAUUGUUCAAGAUGCUGUUGGAGGAUGCAGCAUUGGAGUAUGGGUACAAAAGUGACGGUCCGAUAUUGCUUCCUUGCCAUGUGAAUCUGUUCUGCAAUGUUAUGGCAGAGAUGGAGAGCAAUGAUAUCGAUGAGGAUAGGAUCAGUGCUCCCAGUAAUUGUUCUCCGAUAAACUUCUGUCCGGCUCGUCGUAGAAACUGUGCCAGCAACAGAGGCUACUAUACGGUGGUGCUUAUAGGGUACUUACUCCAACAUCGUCAUCAUCAAUGGUGGUUACCUAGAUUUGAUUUUAACAUAUAUAUAUAUACGUAGAUCGUAGAUCAAGCCAUAGAUCAGGAAAAAAAAAAACAACAAUACCCCCCUACGGGAAAUUCUACUGUACCUGUAUGUAUGUGAUACACUCAUUUACAGAUCUGACAACAAUUUUGUUGUCAUUGUGGUAAAUAGAGUUAUUUUUUGGGUAAUUUUAGUUCUAUUACAGGUAAUUACUCCACCUACGAUAUUUUUACAAGUUUAUGAACAAAUUGUUGUCGAUGUAGUAACUUGGUUCAAUUAUAUGUAAAUGUGUAAAACAAAUGUGAUAACUUUGUUGUUAAUGUUGUAAAUUUAGUUCAACUAAAUUGUAAUUUUGGUUCAAUUAUAUGUAAAUGAGUGUAUGAUAAACA